CAGCUCUCGUCCUACCCUUCCUCUCCCAUUCACGCCUGCACAGCCGCAAGAUCCGCCACCGGUUACACCGGUGCUGCCUGCGCGUGCCUUUCCUCUCCAGCGCCGACCUUCCUCCUGCCUCUCCCUCCCGCCGGCGCUCCUCCCCGCCUAGCAUCGCCGUCCUCCUCCUUCCGCCCGGCGCCCCCAAGCUGCUCGCCGAAACGCCACCAAGGCCAAGCGGAUCCAUGGCGCAGGCCAAGCGGUACGUGCUGCGCCUCUUCAUCUCGCUCAAGUACGUGACGGCCAACGUGGUGGACCGCCAGAGCGGCCGCGUGGUGGUCACCGCCUCCUCCGUCGAGAAGCCCCUCCGGGACGGGCUGGAGUGCGGCCGCGCCUGCAACGCCAAGGCGGCGGCCGCCGUGGGCGAGGUGCUCGCCAUGCGCCUCAGGGUCGACGGCCUGGCCAGCGAGCCCAUCCACGCCGCCGCCGAGAAGGAGGUCCAGAAGAAGGGCUUCAAGAACCGCACCAAGGUCUGGGCCAUCCUCAACGCGCUCCGAGACCACGGCGUCAACCUCCGCGUCGACGACGACGGUGACCACCGCCGCCAUGUCUGACGGACCCACAGAUAUCAGCAGCAGUGUUCACCACUGGGAAACCUCUGCGGGGUUCACCUUCCCUGCCAAAGCCACAACCCCAGUGUCGACAUCUCCCACCGAUGUCUCGACUCCUGUCGAACCAAAAUUCAGGCAAAACGACCAAGAACACAGCUGAUCAAAAUAUUCUCAGAAUGAACAAAGAGGGGUCUGGGAGGCUCUGUGUACCCCUGAAGCUCCCGAUCGAGGCCAUCGCCUUCUCAACCUUGCUGACGCACCCCAUGCACCGGCACUGCAUGUCGACCUGGAGGCUGAACCGCCUGUUCUCGGCUCCCUCCUGCGAAGAUCCAAAGCUAUCUGGUCAGGUAUGAUGGGAGCAACAGAACCCAUGAAUAGAUCAGAGAAGAUAAAGUUGAGAGCUUCGUCACCGUUGCCAUGGCUGGGUUCAGACUUGAGAGAUUUCAGGCUUUGGUUGCGUGGGGUUUUGAGGAGGUCAAGGGUGGUUUAAAUACACGUGUG